UUGGAACCUCGUCUCUUUCAGCUCUUCAGCCCGUCGAUUCUAGCAGUGAAGGCUCGGACGGGGGCUUGGUGCCAGACUCCGAGAUCCCACCCUUUUCUCUUCCCGAUCCUUUGCACCCUUCACCCCCCGACGGCUCCCCAAUAACCUUGCAGCUGUCGUUGGCCAAACCCGACAUGUCGAAAUCCAAGGAUAGCAGCUCCUCCGGGGGCUUUCAUCAGGAAUAUAUCGCGUCGCUGCGCUAUCGCAAUGACCUGCCGCCUCCGGACAUGCCCACCAAGUUCCUCGAUAUCCCGCACGAGGGCUUGCACCGUUUUCUCACCCCGGGCUUCACGUCUAACCUGGCUCGUCGCGAGGAACCCAAUAUCGAUGUCGAUGCCGAGGGUGGUAUGCCAAUUGACCUGGUCGGAAUCCCGGGGCUUCACCUGGGCGAUGAAAGUGCCAUCAUGGCUCCUGAGAAUCCAGGACCACUUGACCCCGCUGACCUGGCGCUUCUGAUGACCCCGGAGCAGCUGAGAAACCCGGCGCCCAAGAAUGUCAACGUCAGUUUCCUCCGUCGUACGCAGUACAUCUCCGCCGGUCUUCGCGCGCCCGAUAGCCCCAACGUUCCUACACCAAUCCGAUCGAAGCGUGCCCUCGAGAAGGUCAAGUCGCAGGAUGAUCCCACGUACGUCAAGAAAUACAUCCAGAAGGGAUUCGAUAUCGCGUAUCCGAGCAGCAGACAUUCUGGCGAAGACACGGCCAGCAAGAUCAAGGGCCACACUUCUACGAAGCUUGAACACGACGCGUGGGCCCAUCCGGUGCACCCCGACAACCCCAAGUUGAAGCCUGUCGGAUACUAUCCGCUUCUUCCCGAUCUGCGCGGUUUCCCCGAUCCUGGUGGUUUCGUCCAAUUCAAGUUCGACAAAGCGCCCGUGUCGGAUGUGUCUGGGAGAAGGGACAAGCGCAUGGACGUUGCGGUUCUGCUCCCGUCCGCGCCGGAGGAGCGCAUCUGUCAGGAGCAUGCAACCAAGGUGGCCUUGCAUAAGGCGCACCCUGACUUGUACCCUGAUCCCGGCCCGAUUCCUUGGGACUACGAUCUCUUCCUGCCCGAGAGGAAGGACGCGGCCAGGAAUGUCACCGCGAGCCUGCGCAUGUCCAACCCUGAUCGCGAGAACGAAGAGCUGUACACCCACGAAGGGGCUGACGGCGCCAAGUUCCACCGUUACGAUCGUCUCCGCACAUAUGCCACCAGCGCGCAGACUCUGGGCAAUGAUCAGAAGCAAAGAGAUGUGGCACUGACGCUCUUCGAUCCGUCAGAGCUCAGAGAAGGACAGCGAGGUGACUUGGACUCGAAGCAGAAGGCGGCCUACUACUAUCCCAUCCUCGGCAAGACGCGUCUGAAGCCCGAGCGUGCCCGCACCAUCGCACAGGCCGGUCUGGCCCCAACACUCGGGAAGACCAAGGAGGAACAGGUCGAUCAGAUCCAGGUGGUGGUCCGCGACCCUGACGAGGCGGAAGUGUACAAGCGGUCGCUGCACCGAGCGGCCAUUGACCCGAAGUUCGCCGAGACCCUGCCCCCUCCGCCGGAGGACCAUGAAGCCGAGGCCAAGGAGGACGAGGGAGAUGAAGGCUCUGACCGCCAACCGUCGCCCCACGAUGCCGACGAUGCCGACGAUAUGAGCGACGAGUGAUCGCCGUCGUCUGGCACCGCAUUGGAGCGCCCCCGCGGACAGCUCCUUCUGUCUUCCACACUGUACUUCUUCCUGUGCAUUACACCCUUACAUACCCUUUCAUAUCUUCAUUAUGCGGAUCUUCUUUGGACUUGUUCCUUGCAUUGCUGCCCCAGACACGGAGCCGAGCUGCUACCGCGACCGGUCUGGAAGCUGAUAUGGAGUCAAGGCGGCAAAGCAAAAGGCGUUGAGUGGCAUGAUGACUUGGAGUUACGUAGCGAAUUUCGUGUUUUUCUCUGAAUGGGCCGUUGCAGGAUGCGGGUGCGCAUCGGCAGCUGCUACUGGCGACUCAUGUACAUCCGUAAAUACUAGGUAGUUCAAUUCCAU